AUACAACGUUUGUUUCAGUCUCUGUCCAACCACCUCUGAUUUGGAGGUUAUUCAUGGUUGUCUUGUCUUGUUUCUCUCCUAUCCAUCUCCUUCCUCUCCUCUCUCUUUUCCCUUUUCUUCCUCCCCUGCUUUUCCAACUCUCAUCCCUUUUUCUUUCCUUCCUUUGAAAUUAGGAAAGAACCCAGAACCAAGAAUCACACCCUUCAUCCGUCACCAUCGUCACCUUCCUCUCCGCGACGCCAAUGCGCAGAGAUUCCUGCAUUUGCACGCCGAGCCGCUUGAUUUGAGAAGAGGGUACGCAAGACUUCGCCAUUAGCGAAGAACCCUUGUGACCGAAUGGAGGAUGGAGCCUUCGCAGGCAGAGUAAAGGAAGGAGAGGGAGAAACGUGAAGAUGUUCCAUUAGGACCGAUUCAAUUUCGUUCUUUCUUAAAGACUCGUGGGGGGUUCUUAGGGGCUGCUUGUUUUGGAGGGUUGGAUUUGCAUCUAUCAUGACAAUGACGAUCAAAGGAAUAUACAAGAGCUUCAAGUACAUCUCCCAAAUCUUUGUCGUCAAGGACCGCGAAAUGGAAAUCGGGUACCCGACUGAUGUUAAGCAUGUUGCUCAUAUUGGAUGGGAUGGUCCUACCGGUAAUGGACCCAGCUGGAUGAAUGAAUUCAGGGCCGCACCCGAGUUCUCAGACUCGCUCCAUUCGAUUGGUGAGCCUGGAGAUUCUAAUCCGGUGGCUCAUCAUCGUCCAUGGCCCUCUCAAGUAGAUUCUGAACAAUCUGGGUCGGGCCAACCUGCACUUGGUAUAUUUGAAGACUCUCCACAGACAGAACUCCCAAAAGGAUCGAAGAAACAAAAACGGAAAAAGGCUAGGUCAUCAUCAUCUCCAAAGUCAUCAAAGCCCUCUAGAGCGCUGAAAUCAAAGGCCAAGCCCUCCGAUGUGGAGGACACUCCUAAUUGAUAAGUGUAAUUUUCAUGUCAGAGGCCUUCUGAAUAAGAAGCGAUGAAGCUGUUAAUGUCCAUGACCACAAGGAAGAUCACAAACCACUUCCUCGGAGGUUGACAGAGGACAAGAAGUGACACUCAGAGAGCUACACCAGGUGCUGUAAAUCGAAAGCUGUCUAGAUGUUUAUCAGUCAAUGUCUGUAAUGAAGAUUCGUAUCACCUCUUUUGGAGGAUACCAGCGUGUGAGAAGGAACAGUUGGAAAGCUAUCAAACAUAGCGUUAGUAUAGCUAGGGAUUUUUCGUGUAUGGAAAGUAUUGAUCAAUCUUCAAUUGCAUUAGUAAUUUGGUUAGGUUUCUUCUUAGAGUGAAAGAUUAUGAAGUUACAUGAUGAUUGUAAAGCCAAUAUUGUGUGUCUGGUUUUUGGACAUGGCCAAUUGUAUCGUCUUCUCUGACUCCUGACUUUAACUUGUUCAAUUUGAGAGGUAAUGUUAUUGAA